AUGGAACCACUUAUAUCUACUUAUAUGCCAAUAAUAAAGGAAUAUUUUGAAUAUGUAAAUAAGAAAGAUUCAGGUUAUAAGAAUAAAUGUUGCAUUUAUAAUAAAUACUGGAUAAAAGAAAAAACUGAAUAUAUCAAAAAUGUAAAUGCUACAAAUAUAUUUAAUUCUUUCAAUAAUUAUAUUAAUACUCCUAUUGCUAUUCCAAAUGUAGAAGGAUGUAAAUUAGAUAUAAGGGAAGAUGAUGAUAACAAGUAUGAAAAAAUAGGAAAACUGUAUAAUAUAUAUUAUAAUUAUAGGACUAAACUACUUCUCAUAGAAAUGAAUGAACCUAAAACAGCAACAUAUCAUAAUAAAAAAAGUUUAUUUUAUAUAUAUAAUGAACUCAAUAAAACGGAUUUAUCACCAAGGAUAAUGAUUUGUUUGCAAAAUUAUAUAAAAUAA